AUGGCACAUAGAGCUGAACUUACUCUGCCUGGUUUCAAGCUGCUCGAUCAACCGCGUCUUGGAAGGACUGGUGGUGGACUUGCACUCUUAAUAAAGAGCGGCAUAGAUGCCAAGAAAAUGGACGGUGGUGAGCGUAGAUCUUUCGAAUUUUUUGAAUGGACUCUGCGUUAUGGUUCAAAUAGCUUGAGAAUUGCUGUCAUCUAUCGUAUACCAUAUUCUCAAGCCCAUCCAGUCACCACUAGUGUUUUCUUUGAUGAAUUCAUAACUUACCUCGAGUCGAUCAUCAUGUCUCCUGAGCCGUUGCUGAUAACGGGUGAUUUCAAUAUUCAUGUCGACGUACAUACUGACUCUGAUGCUUCUCGUUUUCAAGAUUUACUAUCGUCUAUGGGCCUUCAACAGCACGUGGAUAAAUCUACACAUAUAUCUGGGCACACCUUAGACUUAAUGAUUACUCGUUGCUCGGAUUCAUUUCUUACAGCCAAACCUAUGACUGACUACUUGUUUUCAGACCAUUUUACUGUUCUUUGCGAUCUUGCCUUAAGUAAACCAUCUCCCAAAAAUGAGCAAAUAUCAUAUAGAAAACUGAAGGCAAUCAAGAUUGAGGAUUUUAAACAAGAUCUGUCUACCUCUGAGCUUUGUAAUUACAGUCCAGAUUCGCUUAACGAUCUCGUUGAAUGCUAUAACGAUACCUUGUCCCAAGUGCUCGAGAGACAUGCUCCACUUCGAUCCAAAGUUAUACGAUCUCGACCUCUGGUUCCUUGGUUCAAUGAAGAUAUAAAAAAUGCCCGCCGUGAAAAACGGAAAGCAGAAAGAAAAUGGCGACGCUCUGGCAAACACGACGAUAUGUUGUCAUACAAAAAGAUCAAGAAUACGACAAAUCGAUUAAUGAACGAAGCUCGAAGCCAAUACUAUCAUGACUUCAUUAAUGAUAACAGUUCAAACCAAAAAAAGCUCUUUGCAGCUGCGAAUACUCUUUUGAAUCAAAGGAAAAAGAACACUGUGCUACCACCUUGCGAUGAUAAGCUUGAAUUAGCUGAUAGGAUGGGCUCGUACUUUGUUCAAAAAAUCACUGAUAUUGGUACAAGACUCGACGUUAUGGCUCAAGAUCUUUCCACUGACCCGCUUUUAAACUGUACAUUGUCACCAACCCCCAAAUUUAGUAAAUUUACAGCACUUUCUGAACUCGAAGUACGGAAACUUAUCGAAGGUAGCGCAAAGAAAAGCUGUUCUUUUGAUCCGAUGCCUACCUCACUGGUUUUUAGCUGCAUUGAUGUCCUGCUUCCCGUGAUCACAAAAAUGAUAAAUCUAUCCCUCGUGGAUGGUGUGUUUGCUGAUGUCUGGAAAUGUGCACUUGUUAAGCCGUUGCUCAAAAAAGCUGGUCUUGAUCCACUUCUUAGUAACUACAGACCUGUUAGUAAUUUGCCAUACAUAUCGAAGCUCACCGAAAAGGCGGUGUAUAAUCAACUUCAUUUACACAUGAUAGACAAUUCUGUUUAUCCAGAAAUGCAAUCAUCUUACAGAAAAGGACAUAGUACCGAAACAGCGCUUCUUCGGGUUGUUAACGAUAUCUUAAUGAAGAUGAAUUCACAAGANGAAAUGAGUAUCUAA